AUGAGCCGCACUACGCUAGCUGUCGCCGCGGUGACACUUCUCGCCGCUCUCGUACUCAGCGAACUGUCUACUUACUACAAGCGGCGGUCCAUGCCGCCUGGCCCAUUCCGCUGGCCUUUCAUAGGAAACACUCUCCAGGUCCCGCAAGUCCAUCCGUGGCUCACGUAUUCACGCUGGGCACAGGUAUACGGCGAUGUACUCCACCUUGACGCCCUCGGACAGCACACCAUCGUGAUCAAUAGCGCCAAGGUCGCGCGGGAACUGCUCGACAAGCGUUCAGUGAUCUAUUCCGGGAGACCUCAUCUCGUGAUGGCGGGAGACCUCAUAGGAUAUGAUAGGUCGCUAAUAUUGCAACCCUACGGAGAUGAAUUCCGACAACAGCGACGAUUCAUAUCGCAGGACCUCAGCGCCGCCGCCGUUCGACAGUACUAUGACAUCCAGGAAGCAGCCGCCCGUCGACUUGUCCUUGGAGUCAUCGAUGACCCCGGGUCGCUGGAGAGUCAGAUCAAGAUGAAUAUUGCGAGCAUCAUCAUGCUCGUGGUGUAUGGCUACACGGUUAAGGGUGCGGAGGAUCCAAUCAUUGCGAGGGCAUAUGAAGUUAUGGACAACUUUCUCGCGACGGUUUCACCUGGCGCUUGGUUGGUGGUCAUUAUUCCCCCGCUCAAGUAUCUCCCAUUAUGGACGCCGGGCGCAACAUUCCUCACGACCGCAAAGGCGCGGCGCAAACUGCUCAAUACCCACUACCGGACGAUGUACCAGUGGAGCAAAGAGAAUUCUGAAAAUGGCACGGCGCGCAUGCCCAAUCUAUGCGCAUCGGUCCUAGCACAGGCGGAGGGCAAAAUGACCUCUGAGAUGGAGGAGUCGCUUACGUGGGCCGCAGCCUCUGUGCUAGGAGGCGGCCUGGAUUCAAAUGUCUCGACGAUCCUUUCAUUCAUUCUGGCCAUGCUCCACUUCCCCGACGUGCAGAAGAAGGCACAGGCCGAGAUCGACAACGUAGUCGGGAGCAAGCGGCUUCCGGAGAUAUCAGACAGAUCGUCACUACCAUAUGUUCGAAGCAUCGUCACUGAGGUAUACCGCUGGCUUCCAAUUGCCCCUCUAGGCUUUGUACACGCUCUCACUGAGGACGACAUCCAUGGUGAAAUCCUCCUUCCCAAAGGCUCGAUAGUCUUGCCGAACAUAUGGCACAUGCUGCACGACCCAGCUGUCCACCCCGAACCAGACACAUUCAAACCCGAGCGCUAUGGCGGUCUGGACACUGAGAUGAAGAAAGUGACCGACCUCGCAUUUGGAUUUGGGCGACGUGCAUGUCCGGGAUUCCAUCUCGCCGAAAGGUCCAUAUUUUCGGUUGUGGCGACCAUUCUGGCAACGUGCGACAUAGUACCUGUCGUGGACGAGCAUGGGCAAGAGAUUAUUCCUGAUGUCAGAUAUACAACGGGAAUAGUCACUUCUCCUCUAGAUGUCAGAUGUCAAUUUCGUCCUCGAUCAGAGCAGGCUAGAACGUUGCUCGUCGACAGCGCGGCCAGCAUGAUUCAAAAUACCUGCACUGUCACCACCGGUGGGUACGUGUUUGAAGGGACACUUGUGUCCUGCGACUUCGGAGUAGCAGUCAGAAAAAAGUGUAUCAUGUUCCUCCGUAUGAAUGUUGCGCUAUUGCAGUCACAACGUCUUGCCAAUACUUUAGUGGAAACAUUCAGACAUAUAUGCAUUAUACGUAGGACAUGA